UUAGCUGUCUCUUGCUUCAUCUCCUUCCUCUCUCUCUCUCUCUCUCCAAACCCUUUAAAUCUGCAUCUUCCACACGUCUCAGACCAACCGACACACACCUCUCUCUAGCUCGUACCGUAUGAGCUUGGUCAGCUCAGCAAUAGCUAUGGCUAUGGCCAUGGAAGACACCCUUGAAUUCGACUGUUCAGUUUAUAGCAACAACACAACAACAACCACCAGCCCUAAUGAACAUGACUAUGGUUGUAACCGGCGAAACUGGCCUCCUAUUGAUAAUUGGGAGGCUCUUGCAGGGCACGACGAAUUCAAGGACCUCAUCGAAUCGAUGAUGGACGAUGAAGGAUUGAAUUUUAACCUGUUUCCGAGCGAGGUUGACGUUGUCGAAGGAGGUUCGUCCAACUCUGAAUCUGCGAACAUGAUGGCCGUGGAUGAUGAAACUAACAACGACGAUUGCAAGGGUCUAAGACUAGUCCACCUCCUGAUUGCGGCGGCGGAGGCUCUGACCGGCGUUAGCAAAAGCCGGGAUCUGGCCCGGGUGAUAUUGUUUCGGCUCAAGGAGUUGGUCUCUCCCACAGAUGGAACCAACAUGGAAAGAUUAGCGGCGUAUUUCACAGAGGCCCUACAGUGCUUGCUCGAAGGCACCGGCGGUGUCCAUCCCAAGAACCUGAUCGGCAAUAGACCACAGCGCGAUGAACAGCACCAUCAGGCGGAAGUCCUCGCCGCGUUCCAGCUGCUGCAGGAAAUGUCACCCUACGUUAAGUUCGGCCACUUCACGGCUAACCAAGCCAUUCUUGAGGCGGUGUCCCACGACAGGCGGGUACACAUCGUCGACUACGACAUCAUGGAAGGAAUCCAAUGGGCCUCUCUCAUGCAAGCAUUGGUUUCCAGGAAGGACGGGCCCCCCGCCCCACACCUCAGGAUCACUGCGAUUUCCAGGGGUGGGUCCGGCAGCGGUCGACAAUCGAUCGGGACCGUCCAGAAGACCGGUCGCCGUUUGAUCUCCUUCGCGGCGUCGAUCGGUCAACCUUUCUCGUUUCACCAGUGUAGGCUGGACUCGGACGAGACGUUCCGACCGUCCGCUCUGAAGUUAGUGAGAGGCGAGGCCCUGGUAAUCAACUGCAUGCUGCACCUCCCCCACUUCAACCACCGGUCACCGGACUCCGUUGCUUCGUUUUUAUCAGGAGCCAAGACUCUCACCCCGAGGAUAGUGACGAUGGUGGAAGAGGAGGUAGGACCCAUUGGGGAAGGAGGAUUCGUGGGCAGGUUUUUGGACACUCUCCACCACUACUCCGCCUUGUACGACUCUCUCGAGGCCGGUUUCCCCAUGCAUAGUCGGACCCGAGCUUUGGUGGAGCGAGUCUUCUUGGGGCCCCGCAUUUCCGGGUCAUUAGCUCGGAUCUACCGUGCUCGAGGGGACGACGGCAGUAAUUCGGGUGGCUCUUCGGGGGAGUGGUUGGCCACGAGUGGACUCAGAGCUGUACCCAUAAGCUUUGCCAAUCACUGUCAAGCCAAGCUUCUGCUGGGACUCUUCAACGACGGCUAUAGGGUGGAGGAAUUAGCAAAUAAUAAAAUCACUUUAGGGUGGAAAUCUCGGCGUUUGCUGUCAGCCUCUGUCUGGACACCUUCGGACUCUGACUUGUAUAUUUAAUUUUAGCCUUUUUUGUCCCUAUUAAUUCUGUGGGUUUUAUAUAU